CAGCACUGCGCUCCGGAUGUUUGCGCUGCGUAAAACGGAAAUGCAUUUAUUUUACUGCGAGUGUGUGCGCUGCUGACCAGUGGAUUUUAGCCUUUACCGCGACUGCCCAGGCCCAACGCUUCACAUGUGAAGCACGAAAAGACUCUUGUGUGUGGUACAAGAGCAUUUGUAAAGGAGCCGUGUGCCGUGCAGCAGACAUGUGUGCCACAGGUCUGUGUGAGAGGGACUGAGGCGCUGUUAGCCUGGGACCAGCUAGCCCCGUUAGUCUGUGUGGAGCCGUGAUCUGCCACACCAGACAGAAAGCUCUGCAGAGCGCGUCUCGGCGCCCACACCAGUGCUAGGACGUAUCUUCAGACUCUUCACCACUGGCGCUGGAAGCUGCCGUCAUGCCCUCAUCCCCGGAGAGCAGCUCGCCCUGUGCCCCGCCCUGUGCCAAGCGGCCGCGCUGCUCUGAACCCUGGCCCGAGGAAGCGGUGGACAACUCAUUUGGACUCUACUCCCUGCACCACAUGUUUGACAUUGUGGGCUCCCAGCUCACGCACCGCGAUGUGCGUGUGCUCUCCUUCCUGUUUGUGGACGUGAUUGAUGAGUACGAACGUGGCGGCAUCAGGUGUGGGCGGGAUUUCCUGCUGGCUCUGGAGCGCCAGGGCCGCUGUGACGAAUCCAACUUCAGACAUGUUCUCCAGCUGCUGCGGAUCAUCACCCGUCACGACUUGCUGCCCUACGUCAGCUUGCGUAGGCGUCACACUGUGUGCCCUGACCCGGUGGACAAGUAUCUGGAGGAGUCAUCCAAAGGCAGUGUGCAGAGCCGGAGCCCUUCCGGCCAGAGGAAAGCAGCCCCACAGCCGCUGAUCUGCUGCCCCCCUGCAGGGCCACAGGUGGGGGCCUCUCAGGUGGGGCCCUCUCAAGUGGGGCCCUCGGUGAGUAAGCCAGCCCGGACGUCCCCCACACACAAACGCAAGAGGAGCCAGAGUGUGGUCGACUGUAAAGAGAAGCAGACGUGUGACAUCCGCUUGCGUGUGCGGGCCGAGUACUGCCAACAUGAGUCGGCGUUGCAGGGGAACGUCUUCUCCAACAAACAGGAGGCAGUAGAGCGCCAGUUUGAGCGCUUCAACCAAGCCAACACCAUCCUGAAGUCCAGAGACCUGGGCUCCAUCAUCUGUGACAUCAAGUUCUCCGAGCUCACCUACCUGGAUGCCUUCUGGAGAGACUACAUCAACGGCUCUUUACUGGAGGCCCUCAAAGGAGUCUUCAUCACCGAUUCUCUUAAACAGGCUGUGGGCCACGAGGCCAUCAAGCUGCUUGUCAAUGUGGAUGAGGAGGACUACCAGGCUGGCCGGCGCAAACUGCUGGGCAACCUGGUGACAGGAGAACUGUGCUCCUCUCGAUGGUAGAGGUUCAGCCUAAUCGUAGAUGUCCACUGCAUGUGUCCACUGUCCACUUGGCCUGUGCCAGAGAGAUCUGCUCCAGUCCUGCAGAGGGCAGCCCAGAGCAGGACGUACACUGAGUGUGUAGACCCAUCAGAUGACACCAAACAGAAAAUGAAACACAUUGCACAUGGACUAUGCUUUUCAUUAUUUUAUCCUCUUCCACCUGAUAUUUUAGAUAUUUAUUUUAAAAAGACUUUCUCUUUAGGUUACAACACUUUCUUCUCGCUCCCUCAUGUUUGUGCCUGAUUACUUCCCCGUUGUAGAGGAAACCCCGUCCAGUCAAUGUGCUGUGUUCUCAUAAGAAAUGUCUGACUACAAUGGUAGUCUUCAUCCUGUGCUUCUGUUUGUUCUUCUGGAGCUCCUGUGAGGUGGAGGGGAGGUGGGGGAGAGCUGUGGGUUGGUCAGCUGGAGGUAGGCACGUUCUGUGGACACAUACAAUGAACAGUGGACAAACAUAGUGGACAGUGGACACGAGCAGUGGACAUGGCUCUGAGACCACUGUUGACUGUAGCUUCUGGACUGUGACAUUCUUCUCAGUGUUGAUGUGUUCUGUAGGAGGCGCUGUCUGAUCCUGAGUGGAUAUGUGGUCAGUUUAUGAUGAACAUUUUACUGGUACACUUUGCUUUGUGAGCAGAUCCAUUACUCUAGAACUGCAUAUUAAACUUUUUUUAAUUCA